AACCUAAAAGUCACGUACGUCAACAAUAUUUUCAAAAUUUACAGUCUAAAUUUCAUUCUUAAGAAAAUUAAAAAAAAAAAACAUGCAUCAAGAUUCAGAUUCGUUUGCAGGAGCGUUUGACAGUACAACAGGCAACCUCCUCAAUGACAAUUCAUCUUUUAACAUACAAUAUUUCUCCUCCGGUUCUUUAACUUCUAGAGAUAGUACUCAAUAUGUAGGAGAGCCCCAGCUUAUAGGCAUUAUUGGAGAUGAAGAUACUUGUGCAGGAUUUAUUUUAGCUGGUAUUGGGGAAGCUGUAGAAGAUAAACCUCCAAAUUUCUUCAUAGUGAACCCGAAAACUGACGCAUUUAAGCUAGAACUAGUGUUUCUUGAUAUGAUCGAAAGGCCGGAUAUCGGCCUAGUUCUUGUCACUAGAGAAGCCGCUGAAAAAUUGGCUCCUGUCAUUAAUCAACAUAAAGGCAUCGAGCCAACUGUUAUGGUUAUUCCUGGUCAUAACGGUCCAUUUGUAUUCGACUUACCUCUUGCGGUAAAAUACAUAGAACAACAGAAGCAAUUUCAAGUGAGGAAAACUUCGGGCUCACCUUCGGUAAAAAGUGACACAAUUUCUCAAGCCUCUGUAUCUAGAAAAGUGUCUACUCAUUCCAUACGGAGUGCUAGGUCUUGUAAAUCUGUUAAAACUCAAAAUUUGUCAUUUAGUUCAAUGGACGAUUUUUAAACCUUCAUGUAUCCAAUUGAAGAAAACUAUCAAACCAUAAGAAGAAAUUAUAGAAACUUACAACGUAGGUUUGGGGCCUACAUAAUUCACUAACAGUUAUUACGCUUAUAAGAAGAAUUCUAAAAGGUUGGAGACCAAGAUAAAAAAAUAUACCACAAAUUAUUUCAUCAAAAAAAUCAUAUAUUAUUAAUACACAUUUGCCAUUUGAUGUGCCUAAUUAUGCGCCCAUCAAAUUUGCAAAUUUGUAAUAAAAUCAAAUAAUUUAUACUAUUUAACGUUCAAAAUUUAUAUAACGUCAUGUAGUUAACUAACUCUUCCAAUUAACAUAAUUUUGUUUAUUUGCAUAAUAAAUUCAAUUCAAAGGUCAUCGGCAAGGCGGCCAGCUCAUAUAGGAUAAUGAUAAUUAUAAAAUGUCUUUUAUAAGUAUGACAUAGUAUAGUGAAUUUUAUAGCCUAUUACCCGUACAGAAAUAAAUUUUUAUCGCAAAGCGAAA